UCCUGCAGCUAAUUCCCAAAUGCCGUGUGUCCGGGCUUCCCGCUGCCGUCCCGUGCUCUUAUCUGCGCUACAGCAGGCAGGACAGCCUGCGUGAAUGCAGGUACUAGAAGAGAGAAGUCAUCAGAAUUUGUCUGCAAAGAUUUGGAAACGUGGGGAAAUGUCUAAUGAACUUGAUUUUAGAUCUGUGCGUCUGAUGAAGAAUGACACCAUGAACUUCCAGAAAUUCCCCUAUACCAAUGAAGAUGAAGCCUGGAAAACCUACCUGGAGAACCCCUUGACUGCAGCCACCAAAGCUAUGAUGAGGGUGAAUGGAGAUGAUGACAGCGUGGCUGCCCUGAGCCUCCUCUAUGACUACUACAUGGUCCCAAAGGAGAAGAGGAUUCUUCCAUCUGGUAUGAUGGGACGCAAUGAACUGGGAAAGAGGCACUGCCACGGAAUGGAGUAUGACCCAGAGAUCGCAUCCUUUGAUGGCUCAGCCCAUCUCAUGAAGCUCUUGUCUGAAAAUGUUUCCAUGACCCAAGAAUAUUGUGAGCCACCGAAGAAGAACGGCUUAAGCCUUGAAGGCGUCCCUACUCCUCACAAGCCAGCCAUGCUUCCACCAGGCACUAGCAAGCUGGAUGCCACCCCAGACAACUACAUGGUCCCUCCAGGGGAUGUAUACGACAACAGCUCAUUGAACUCCCUCUUCGAGACCAUCCCCGUAGCCCCACCACAGCAGAGGUGGCAGCCAGACAGCACUUUCAAAGAGGAUCCCCAGGAGUCGCUACUCUUCAGUGAUAUCCUCAAACCCCAGCCAGAGCCACCUUGCCCUGAGAGUUAUGCUACAGACGGUGUUAAGAGUGACUUUGAAUACACUCUGGGGUCACCUAAAGCCAUUCACAUCAAAUCUGGGGACUCUCCCAUGGCCUACCUCAACAAAGGACAGUUCUACCCCAUCACGCUGCGGACAGCUGGAGACAGCAAAUGUUUACACUUGUCCUCAAAUAAAGUGAAGAGUGUUGUGAUGAUUGUUUUUGACAACGAAAAGAUCCCGACGGAGCAGCUCAAGUUCUGGAAGCACUGGCAUUCCCGCCAGCCCACAGCCAAGCAGAGAGUCAUUGACGUCGCUGAUUGCAAAGAAAAUUUCAACACAGUGCAGAACAUCGAGGAGUUAGCCUACAAUGCCCUGUCCUUUGUGUGGAACAUCCACGAAGAAGCAAAGGUAUUUAUUGGGGUGAAUUGCCUGAGCACUGACUUCUCCUCCCAGAAAGGAGUGAAGGGUGUCCCGCUCAACCUCCAGAUAGACACUUACGACUACGGCAAUGGAACCAGCCAGCUGGUGCACCGCGCCGUCUGCCAGAUCAAGAUAUUCUGCGAUAAGGGAGCAGAGAGGAAAAUGAGGGAUGAUGAAAGGAAACAGUUCAGAAGGAAAGGAAAAUGCCUGGACUCCAAUAACAAUGGUCUGAAAGGCUGUUUGCUCUCUGGCUUCAGAGGGAAUGAAAUCACGUUCCUGAGGCCAGAGACUGACCUCGAAACCCAGCCAGUCCUGUUUAUUCCCAACGUCCAUUUUUCAAACCUGCAGAGGUGUGGCACGGUGCUCCCUCCUGCUGUUCCCAACUCUGCAAACAGGCUGCCCUUAAAACGGAGUGGUGCCUCAUUCACAGAUGAGUUUGACCCGAUACCUCCAAAGCAAACCAAGGAAGAAGAUCCUCAGAGAGUCUUGUUGUACGUGCGGAGGGAGUCAGAGGAAGUGUUUGAUGCUCUCAUGUUGAAGACACCAGAUCUCCAGGGCCUCAGAACAGCUAUUUCAGAAAAAUAUGGGCUUCCUGAAGAAAGCAUUUAUAAAGUCUACAAAAAAUGCAAAAGAGGGAGGCUCUUCCACCUGUUCCUGAGCUCAGGGCUGUCAGAUGCUGCUCAUCCACUAGCCCCACAAAUGGAAAUUUUCUCCCUAAAGAAAAAGAGCAACACUGGCGGCCUCAAAAGAGGAGACGUCCCAUACACCUUCAGUAAGAGAGUGCCUCAAGUCUGGUCUUGAAGAACAACUGCGAAGGACAGGGGUGGCCAGUUUAUUAUUACAGCUUCAGGACUGAACCAAGUCUCAGGUGUGUCAGCGGUGGCUGGUGGCUUGUGAUGUGGCCAUCCCAGGUCAUCGGGCUGUCAUCACCCAACAGCUCCGCUCAGGAAACUCCAGCUUGGGCUGGAGUUCUCUGAACCAGCUGACUGUCAGCAUCUGCGCAGCAAGAGAGAUCCAAGCACUGAUGAGUUUGCAGGUGGAUCAGGAAAUGGCACCGCUUCAGGGGAGAGGCCACCUAUGCUUUGUUUUUCUUUGGUUUUGUUCAUUACUUGAUCUGAUAAGUAGUGAAUGUUUUUUAAUGAUUGGGAGGGAAAACAGGCAGAUGUCCUUUCCAUCUUUUCCCCAAAAUGGAAGAGCAAAGAGCUAUCGAAUGAAAAGACAACACCUGGAAAAUAGAUUAAAAAAUAAAUAAAUUUGACACCUAGUUUAAUGAAAGCUGGACAUGACUGAUGCUAUAGGUUAUUGCUGAAGUGUGGGGGACAUACAGGAUUUUCUCCAGUCUACUAGGUGGCAAGGUCAGACACUUUUUCUUGCUCCCCCAGAUUUAAUUUUCCUUUGAAUAAUUUUAUCCUAUUGCUCCACCCUAAACAAUCCUCUCUUGGUAAUUACAGCUUGAGGGUCAGAUCUUCAUCUGGUGUAAACCAGUGAAGCUCAGUGGUGCUACCUGGAUUUACAGCAGGUGAGGACCAUGGGCCUCCUUAGUGUGAUGAGCUCAUUCAGAUGAACUUAGUCCCAGGGUGACUCAAGAGCAAUAAUAAGUAAUUUUGUAUCUUGGUGAGGUUUGGUCUAGAAAAACAAUACAGGGCUCAGAUUCCUAAUCAACACUCCCUUGAAUCUUUUGUGGUUGAGAAAUCAGAUGGGAGCACGGUACCAAGAGGCACAGGCGACUCCUCUGGCUUCCUGCACUAAGAUAGCCAGAGAUAACUUGGAGCGGCUCUGUUGCAAGGCUUUUUGUGACAACCCACCCUUGGGUACCCAUGCUGCCUCCCCGGGGGCACCUGUGGGAGGCCGGGCUCUCCCUGGGCUGCAGGGCUUGGGGACCUGGGUCCCUUGUCCCCAGGCAGCCCCAGCGCCGCUCCCGCCCGGUGCCAGGUGAGGCGAGGAGCGGCCGGGAAGGUUACGAUUCACCGGGAAGAGGCCUGGGCAGCGUCAGACCCUGUGCCUGAGCCUCCCCCUGCACUGGGUGGGAUGCCCUUCCCACCAGAGAUGCAACUGGGACGCCCUUCCCACGAGAGAUGCAACGGCUCGUUGGUAAAGUGCUUUGGGCAGCACUGAAAGGCAGCGCGGCCUCGAGCCGCGGGACAAAGCUGAGACCAGAACAGGCUGGACACGGGGACAGACUGACA